CCCGGGGUCGUCGAGUGCCCAGACAGGACUGUUGCCAAACCUUUUCCGCCAUGGGAGAGCUUGUCUGGCUGUCGCUGCUGCUGUUGCUGCUGGUGCUGCAUGAAUCGGUCUCCUCUGGACAAGGUCCCAUUGAAGGGAAAGAAGAAAGGAAGAGAUUUGACUUCUCAUCAUCCAUAAAAUCAAAUCUGCCUUUAAAAGACUCGGGCGCACCCCGCACACCCCGUUCCUUAAAUAAUAAAUCUGUAAUCUCUACAUCAACACAUCCUGUGGAAUCCAGCACUAUGAGGACAAACAAGGCCUCCUCUGGUGAAGGUUAUACAGCUCACUCUCUUCAGUUGAUUAAAUUUAAUCCUACAGUAGGGACUAUCGUAAUUGCUGAACAUAAGGAAAUCAAAUUUAAUUGCUCCAUCAAUGUUCCUAAAUCACUAAUCAACCAAGACUCUGCACUUAUUUCCUUGUGGAAAAAUGGGAAGGAGUUGCUCGACGCUGACCGACUAGCCAGCCAGUAUUAUGAGUUUGAGGACAAUGAAGUAACCACAAUGAUAUCUACUUUCAGUAUAUUCAAUGUCCAGCGCUCUGAUAAUGGAUCUUACCGCUGCAAAGUGACAGUAAAUGGUAAUGAAAUAGAGUCAGACCCUAUCUUGGUUGUGUUGGAAGGGCUGCCGCACUUCAUCAAGGAGCCUCAGGAGCUGAACAUUACCCGAAAUAAGCCGUUCAAUCUCACGUGCCAUGCUGUGGGGCCUCCUGAACCUGUUGUGAUUCACUGGUUUUGGAACAGCAGCAAAGUUCAUGAGGAACCAGACAUUUCUCCAUCUGUCUUGAUGAUGCCAGGUCUUAAUGAAGCUGCUAUUUUCCAUUGUGAAGCUCAUAAUGAGAAAGGACUAGCUACGUCAACUGAAGGACGAGUCAACAUAAAAGGAAUCCCAUCCCCACUAGUUGAUGUCCGUAUUCAAAACAGAACAGCUCACAUGAUAGUUGUAUCCUGGGUCCCAGGCUUCGAUGGUUAUUCUCCGUUGAGCAGGUGCAGUGUUCAGGUGAAGGAUGUUGUGUCACUGGGUAAUACUUCUGUUAUGGUUUUUAAUACUUCCACACCACCUCAUCAGUACAGCAUUCAAACUCUGUGGCCUAUGAAGGAUUAUAACAUCCGUGUUUCCUGUAUGAAUGAAAUAGGCUGGUCUGGUUUCAGCCGUUGGAUUACAGCCAGUACAACAGAAGGAGCUCCAUCUGCUUCUCCUAUGAAUGUUACUCUCUCAAUUAAUGAGACUGCCUCUUUGGUGGUAGUAUCGUGGGCAAAGCCUCCUGAUUCACAGAUGAAUGGUGAACUUCAGGGCUACAAAAUAUCCCACAUGUGGCAGAAUUCUGAUGUGUCUAGGAAUCUCUCUUCCCGUACCAGCAAAGAUACCAGUGCUGUCCAUAUUCCUAUCGUGGCCACUAAUGCCACCUGCAUAGUGCGAGUAGCAGCAGUCACUAAAGGCGGAGUUGGACCAUUCAGUGAUCCAGUAGAAGUUUUUAUUCCAGGGAAUGGUUUGAUAUCCACUGCACCAUCAUCAGUUCCAGCGUCUGGAAAUUCAGAUCCAUUCAUAAUUGUCCUGGGAUUUAUAUGUGGAAUAUUUGCUGUUGGAUUAAUCCUGUAUCUGUCGGUGGUUAUCAGGAAAAAGUUGGUGGAAGAAACCAAGUUUGGGUAUGCUUUCAGCAGUGAUGAGUCAGAGCCAGCAGUCACUUACAAAGCAAAGAAGUCCUACUGCCGUAGAGCUGUUGAACUGACAUUGGGCAGCCUUGGUGUCAGUGAAGAGCUGCAGAAGAAACUCCAGGAUGUUGUGAUUGUCAGGAACAACCUGGCUUUGGGGAAGAUCCUGGGAGAGGGGGAGUUUGGAUCAGUGAUGGAAGGCAGCCUCAGCAAUCCUGACGGAUCCACUCAGAAAGUAGCUGUGAAAACCAUGAAGUUGGACAGCUUUUCCCAACGAGAAAUUGAAGAAUUCCUUCGGGAAGCAGCAUGCAUGAAAGAUUUUGACCAUCCCAAUGUCAUCAAGCUUCUCGGUGUGUGUAUAGAACCAAGUUCUCAGCAGGUUCCAAAGCCCAUGGUGAUUCUCCCAUUCAUGAAAUAUGGAGAUUUGCACAGCUUCCUCCUUCGUUCAAGACUUGGAGUGGGCCCACAGUAUGUACCACUACAGACUUUAUUGAAGUUUAUGAUCGAUAUAGCUUUGGGCAUGGAAUACCUCAGUAACAAGCAUUUCCUCCAUAGAGACUUGGCUGCUCGAAACUGCAUGUUACGGGAUGACAUGACUGUGUGUGUAGCAGACUUUGGUUUGUCCAAGAGGAUCUAUAGCGGGGAUUAUUAUCGACAAGGACGCAUUGCAAAGAUGCCUGUUAAGUGGAUUGCAAUAGAAAGCCUUGCUGAUCGAGUCUACACAACAAAAAGUGAUGUGUGGGCAUUUGGUGUCACAAUGUGGGAGAUCGCAACACGAGGGAUGACUCCAUACCCAGGAGUGCAGAACCAUGAAAUCUAUGACUACCUUUUUCAUGGGCACAGGUUGAAGCAGCCAGAAGGCUGCUUGGAUGAACUGUAUGAAAUCAUGUAUUCAUGUUGGAGAGUAGAUCCUGUGGACCGACCCGCCUUCUCAGAACUUAAGUUUCAUCUGCAGAAGCUGUCAGAAAGUUUACCUGAACAGAGUGAACCAAACAGUGUUAUUUAUAUUAACACUAAUCUGCUGGAGGAAAAUGAAGAUGAGCCAAUGGAAGACUCUGAGUUUCCUCAGAUAGACAUAGACCUCAAUCCUCAUGACAUCAUAGAAUCCUGUUUCCAAAGACCAGAGACCACAGUGGUCACAGUUGAUGUUCACGAGAGCAAUGGGAUGGGGGACAGGUAUAUUUUAAGUGGAGUGAGUGAGGAACACAUAGCCAGUCUUGUGAGAACAGAAGAGGAAGAUAUCCCUCUGCUUCAGCGCACCCUCUCUCAAAAUGGAAGGUUGUGGUCUCAAGACAGCACACUUCCCGUAGGAAGCAGGCUGACGGAUGAGCUACCGUAUGCUGACGACUCUUUGGAAGACUCUAAAAUUCUGCUGUGAAAGCAAAAAUAGGACCUUUUGUGGGCUGAAGAUCUGAACUCCUUCGCCAGAAAUAGUUCUGUCAGACGUUCCACUUGUCUCGUUGGAGCCAUGCAAAGCCAGUCAUGUAUAGUUCCUCUCUGAAUCUUGUACAGCAAGUAACUAUAGAAGUAAUGUUUUGUCUCUCUAUUUGUAUAAUACGGUAUCUUUAUAGAGAUUAUAUUUUAAUAAACAACAC